AAGAUCAAUCAAUCAGUUAAAACCUUACGAGGAUCAAAUCAGUAAUCACGCUAGCGCCCGCAACCAAUACAAAAGGACUUGUCUCCCACCACCUUUUCUCCGUCCAACAUCUUCGACUUCUCCCCCAUCUUCCAUCCACAAACUUUAUCAACACCACAAGCAUUUCGAUCUUCCCAACUUUUGCAUUUCGCAUUAUCAACUUAAUACAAAUCAAACCUUUCGAUUUUAUCAACUUCAUUAUUCAACAUGCCUCCUAAAGCUGCUGACAAGAAGCCCGCCGCCUCCAAGGCUCCCGCGACCGCUCAGAAGGCUCCGGAGAAGAAGGAUGCUGGCAAGAAGACCGCUGCUACCGGCGAGAAGAAGAAGCGCACCAAGGCGCGCAAGGAGACGUACUCCUCCUACAUCUACAAGGUUCUCAAGCAGGUCCACCCCGACACUGGUAUCUCCAACCGUGCCAUGUCCAUCCUGAACUCUUUCGUCAAUGACAUCUUCGAGCGCGUUGCCACUGAAGCAUCCAAGUUGGCCGCCUACAACAAGAAGUCCACCAUCUCUUCCCGAGAGAUCCAGACCUCUGUCCGCCUAAUCCUGCCCGGUGAGCUUGCCAAGCACGCCGUCUCUGAAGGCACCAAGGCGGUCACCAAGUACUCGUCGUCAACGAAAUAGGUGCUUGGUUUUGUGCGUCUGGUUUGUCUUUGGGCAUGGGGAUUUUUCGCUUUGGCAUCACGACGAGACCUCGCCAAGGCUUGGAAUCAAGUCCCAAAUAUGGAGUCUCAUAAAUAAUGCGUUACGGAUGGUUUGCUUUUUAAGGGGGCAAUGUCUUCGCCCAACAUGGUACGGGGUUCGCGGUUGUACAAUACUCUUUCCCGAUAGGGCUUCGGAAUGAAUCUGCAUAUGACCAAAAGAAA